AUGGCGGGGCCCACAGACGCAAGCCGCGCACGCGCCACGGAGGAGGCCUCGAGCGACGCGAACGCGACGUUUGAUGGAUGUGACGCGGCGUCGUCUCAGGCGACCGCGCCAUUUCUCACAAAUAUCGAGAACCACUUUGGGCGCGUGACGCUCACCGCCCCAGACAACAUGCGCCGCCGUCGUGGGAAAGACCGGCGCGCGGCGGCUGCACGGCCCCCACGGUUCUUGGUAUCGCAGCACGGACGUGCGAGCGUGUCUGAUUUGCGAGAACUUGCACAGGAGGCGCAGGGGCCGCGGCCGCGCACGGGCUCCCACGGCCAGUCGGCACCCCGCGUGGGACGGCCGAACGGCGCGUCGGGCGAAGUGCGCGCUAGGAGCACGGCACGCAGCGCAGAGCGGCCGCAGCUUGCGGUGGAUCCGCCUGCGGACGCGCUGCAACAGUCGGUCACGAGCCCGUGGGACCGCCGCUUGAAUGUUUGGGACGAGAUCUAUGCCAUGCCAGGUGUAUCGGAUCCAGACCUAGUCGACGCACCGCCCGCGUUUGCGGCCGUGACGGCGACACGGCCGCCGGAUCCUCCUGUGCCAAAUAGCCCGCCGCCGCCAUUUACAAGUGAUCGCGAGUCGGACGGCGACGCAGAGAGCGAGCCCGAGGCGGCCGAUCCCCUUACUUUGCAACAGCGCGCGGCAUGGGAGGCUGAUCGCAUGGAGGGGUACAGCCUCGAAGAGCGUGUCGCGCGCAUGGCACGACGCAUGGCCGGCGAGGUGCCGGAAGAAGGCGAGCGCCGCGCACUUGCGCCGCCGAUCCGAGGCGAACAGCGCCUGAGCCUGCUGGGACCGACCGCACGUUCGGCACAAGUCAGCCGCACAGGCACGGUGCGUAUGGGAGCGGCGCGUGUAGGCACGGUGCGCCGUGCAGGCCCCGCACGCCGGCCCCCAGCGCCGAUCACGCCCCGGGACCCGUCCAAUAUUCUCCAAGUCGUCCGGGCACCUGCGCCGCUGUCGGGCGAGCCGUCCGAGGCGCCGAGCGAUAUCGAGUCGAGCGACGAGGCGCCGGCACAGGACUCGUCAGAUUCCGAGUCCGAGUGGCAGACAGAGCACGAUGCACUGGAAGCACUGCGUCGGUACGACGAGGAUAUGCGCCGUGCACUGCGCGGACCACGUCUGCGUGGCAUCCAAAACGAGCGCGCGCAAGCCCCGGGCGACCCGGCGCAGGAGCGCCUUUUUGCCGCGUUCGCCGAACUCGACCGCACGCUGCCCCGUGCGCCGCCGCCGCAAGUACAGACGUCGCUGGUGCCGGGCGGUGCCGUUCUCGAGAGCGAAAGCGAAGUGUCGAGCGACUCGGACGACAGCAUUGCCGGACAGCGCUUUACCGAAGUCCCGUCGGCGCCGCCGCGUGUCGUGCGUGACACCGGAAGCGAGACGUCGAGCGAAGAGGCAAGUGGCGACGAAUCGGACGAGCACGGCCUCACCGACAGCUCGUCCGAGAGUCAAGAGGUGCACGACGAGAGUCUGGCGAGCAGUGCUACGCAAGAUGCUGUGCCUGCGCCCAUUCCUGGUGGGUUUCCCCUUGGGGACGAGGAGCUGGGCAAAGGAGAAGCCGCCGAGGCUCGGCCAUCGGCGCCUGCUGCCGAGACGCCUGCUUUGCCCAGUGCUGCGGAGCGCGUGCCUGCCGAGGCGCGCGUGUCAACUCACAUUGCAGCCGAGCCAGAGCCGCUGCCUCUUGCCGAGGAACCUGCGCCAGCUCCUAGUAGCCCCGAGCCGGUGCCGGCGCCUCUUGCCGAAGAACCUGCGCCAGUUCCCAGCGGCCCCGAUCCGGUGCCGGCACCUCUUUCCGACGCGCGAGCUCCGGCUCUUAACCAGCCUGCUCUGGCUGCUCCCUCGGCCUCGCUGCCUGUCAAGACCUCUGCACCCAGUGCCGAGGCACCCGAGGCUCCGCUCGCCCCCCUUCCCGCCGAGCCGCAGCCCAAGAGCGCUGGAGCUUCGCAGCCUCUACCCUCCCUUAUGAUCCCUGCUCCUGCUCCUGCUGCGCCUUUUUCCGAAGCCCCCCGGGCUGGAGAUGCGGUGUCGCCUGCACCUGCAAGUGCAACGUCGCCGCUGGUGCCUGCACCAGCGCUGCGGUCCCACCUCAGCAGCGCACCUACCGAGCACACGGCGACGGCCGCAGCUGUCGCGCUCGACUCGCUUCCCCGGCGCUCCAAAGCACGCCAUGCACGGCCGCACAAGCACGCCGAGCAGAAAGUGCGCACGGCUGCCCAGCCACCCGCCGCUUCCGCCUCAGCGCCGGUCGAGCCGAGCGUGGCGGUGCCUCUGCAGAGCGAGGCACCCGAGGUGCCUGCCAAAGACCCACCGCGCCCCUCGGCUGUCCCUGAUACCACAUACACUCCGCCGUCGGUCUCGGCGGUGCACCGCGCACGCCGCCCUGCGCCGCCGGCGCCGUCGCCGAUCCGCCGCCCAGUACGCGACCGUCCUCUCCCGCCGCCGCCGCCGUCGCAGGUUCCAUUCCUGCGUACGGCGUACGACCAGCUGCGCGAGAUGCAGUUGCCGGCCCACACGGCCUCGGACGCGUCGCACGAGGUGCUGCAGCGUGCGAAUGUGUACGAUCGUGAAGGACUUGCAUCGCUCGAGGCGUACUUGGAGCGUGCGAUGCCUUCGGUACGUCCCGAGACCGAAGGCGGUCUGUCCCGCUCGAUGAGCCACUAUGGCGGCGCCUUUACGAACCCCCGAUCGUCGGCGGCGCCUCUUCCCAGCCAUUCUCGCCUGCCAACCAUUACGGCAGCGACGCGCCACUUUCCGCCGACGCGGACGUACUCGCGGGACGACGAGGCGGCGCAAGGCGAAGACGCGGCGCACACGACGCCUGUGCGUCCACGUCGCCGUGCGCCGCCGCCGCCGCCGCGGGAGAGGGACGUGCCGCCGGUGCCUGCUCGGCCCAGUGCGCACGCAGAAGCACGAGAGGCAUUGGAGGCGAUGCAAGGCUCGGUGCCCGGCAUUGUUCCAGCGUCGGUGCCGGACGCGGUGCCUGCUGUGCCGGCUGUGCCUGCAGCGCGUGCAGUGCCAGCUGCGCCUGUGCCUGCCGUGCCUGCAGUGUCUACAGAACCCGCUGCUGUGCCAAGCUCUGUCCCAGUGCGCGGGUCUGUACCUGAGCAUGUUGGCAUGCCCGUCGGGGCGCCUGUCCGGGAGGCAGUCCGGGCGCCUGUCCGGGAACCUGUCUCGGUACUCGCUUCCGAACCAGCCACUGUUCCUGCGGCCGUGCCACGUUCGGUGCCCGCCCCGCCCGCGCCUGCACCCAUCCCCUCGCUGUCCGAAGCUUCUACGCCUUCGGGCCCCACUACUACCUCUUCUGUCGCCGGCUCCGACGCGACAGUCCCCCCAUCCCCGCUGCACGCUCCCUCGGUCACGGACCUGGACGUGGCGGUGGCGCAGCUCGACAAUCCCUCGAUGCAGUACGAGUGGGCGACGCUUCUUGGCGAGUUCCUCGGCCCUGCGAGUGCCGCUUCGUCGCUGACGCAAGAGGAGCUGCAGAGCAUUCCUGUCGGCCGCGUCGAGCUCGAGCACCGGCGUGUAUCGUCGUCCGGCAAAGUGAAACAAAAGCUGAGCGUCGUCGGCGUCCGUGUCGACCGCUGUGGCAUCUGUCUCAACCAGUUCCGCGAAGGCCAGCUGGCCUGCAUCUUUCCCUGUGUUCACAUGUACGUCCCCGCCCCUAACCUAGAUUCCACGACCAGUGCACAGUGGAGCUUCUGCGUGCCAGCCGGCUGUGUCCCCUCUGUCGUCGUGACGUGGUAG